AUGAGCCUUACGGACGUCAGCGACGUCGAGGGUUGGAUCCAGCACCUUAUGCAGUGCAAGCAGCUGCCCGAGGCUGACAUCAAGAGACUCUGCGAGAAGGCCCGCGAGAUCCUUAUGGAGGAGUCCAAUGUGCAGCCCGUCCGCUGCCCUGUCACCGUCUGUGGCGAUAUCCACGGCCAAUUUCACGAUUUGAUGGAAUUGUUCCGCAUUGGAGGCAACUCUCCCGACACUAACUACCUGUUCAUGGGUGAUUAUGUCGACCGUGGAUACUACUCUGUUGAGACUGUCACCCUGCUCGUUGCUCUCAAGGUUCGCUACAAGGAUCGUGUUACAAUUUUGCGUGGAAAUCACGAGUCGCGUCAGAUCACACAAGUAUACGGAUUUUACGACGAAUGCCUGCGCAAGUACGGCAAUGCCAACGUCUGGAAGGCCUUUACAGAUCUUUUCGACUAUCUCCCUUUGACGGCGCUGAUCGAGGACCAGAUCUUCUGCCUUCACGGAGGACUUUCUCCUUCCAUUGAUUCCUUGGACCAUAUUCGUUCAUUGGACCGCAUUCAGGAAGUGCCUCAUGAGGGACCCAUGUGCGACUUGCUCUGGUCUGACCCAGAUGACCGCUGUGGAUGGGGUAUUUCACCCAGAGGUGCAGGCUACACUUUUGGUCAGGAUGUCUCCGAGACGUUUAACCACAACAACGGUUUGACGUUGAUCGCCAGAGCCCAUCAGCUUGUCAUGGAGGGUUACAACUGGUGCCAGGACAGGAAUGUUGUCACCAUCUUCAGUGCGCCAAAUUACUGCUACCGAUGUGGCAAUCAGGCUGCGAUUAUGGAGAUUGACGAGCACCUGAAGUACACCUUCCUUCAAUUCGACCCUGCCCCUCGUCGCGGCGAGCCCCAUGUCAGUCGCCACGUCCCGGAUUAUUUCUUGUGA